UAGCAUAUAAGGAAAGCCCGUUCGGGGAGCUCGUCUCAGUUUCAAGUGCACGUCACGUUUAUCUCUGGGCAGGAUUAAUAAACUAAGUUCGGAGGGGAGAAGCGAGUUAAGCGAGUGAAAAUUUAUGACACUUGUUGCCAUUGUGGAAAACGGGUAGACGCUUAUUAAUACGCACUCGUAUUUAUUUAGCUACGUGUGUAACGGCUUAGAAAAUGCGAACGACAAACGUUUUAUAAUUAUUUUAUGGACUUCAAAGUUGGUAGUUGGGUGGUGAGUGCACCACGGAUCGGGUGGCUAUAUAAGCAGCGAAACGCGGCGCCAAUCACCGCAGUUGGCCGAGAGGAUUGGGGCAGCUAAAACCGCUGGUGAAGAUGCAGAUAGUCCUUUGGAUAGUGUUCCUGGCCUGUGGCCGUGAGAUCUACGGAGCAAGUCUCCCGGCACCGACUUCUGGGCAGGAUUCGGAGCUGGGCACCUGUGAGCUGCAACUCUCGAAGUACCGGAGGUUCAUCCUGCAGGCAAUCCUGAGUUUCGAGGACGUCUGCGAUGCGUACAACUCGAGACCAGGCGGACAGGACUCGGACUCGGAGGGAUGGCUUUUCCGGCACUAUGCCCCACCACCUACUUCCCAGCGGGGCGAGAUCUGGGCCUUUUUCCGGCUACUGAUGGCCCAAUUCGGGGACGCGGAGUUUUCAUCCAUCAUCCGGGAUGCCGUCAUCGAGAGAUGCCGCAUUAAAUCCCAGUUGCAGCGGGACGAGAAGCGGAACUCGGUGGUCUUGGGCAAGAAGCAACGGUUCCACUCCUGGGGCGGCAAAAGGUCCCCGGAACCACCGAUCCUGCCGGACUAUUAAACUGGGUUUCCCAGCGUUUUCCCCUUAAAUUGUACGAACAGCCAAAGUUCUGGUCCUCUAAUUAAUAUCAGUGUCUAAAUAAACCCGAAGAUUGCAAACCGAGCAGCGGAUAAA